AUGUUUAAAUACAUCGCAAUAGUGGCGUUAGUGGUGGGCUACACUGCCGGAAACGCAUCGGCAUUACAAUGCUUCACUUGCACUACCUUCAACAAUACAAACUGCUUGGUCCCGGAUCGACGCAACGAGUUGUUGGAAUGUCCUCCCUCUCCGAAUGUUAAUGAAGUUACCUGCUUCACGCGCAUCGUGGGCCAGGAUGUGGAGCGUGGAUGUGCAACAGAGCUAACGCAAACCGAACGUGACAACUGCGCCCUGGUAAACAAUUGUCAGCUUUGCGCGAACGUAAACAACGAAACCUGCAACGGCAACCUGUUCCCGCACGGUCGUCUACAUUGCCACCAGUGCGAAGGUAACACCAACAGUACCUGCGCGGACGAGAUCCAAACGGAAGCGACGCCCUGUAUGCGAUUUGUGGUCGACGAUCAGUGUGUGGUACAGGUUCGAGACAACAGCGUGGUGCGCGGAUGCCUCUCAGAAAAUGAUGCCUGCCGGAACAGUCGUGAUUGCCACGUGUGCGCUGGCAAUGGGUGCAAUUUCCGCCAUUUCGAGCACAGUGCAGCGGGCAGUGUGGUCGCACAAUUGCCGCUGCUUAUCGCGGCCAUUCUACUGACUGCUUUCGUCACUAAUAAAUAG